UUAAACGAACUUUACCGGAUCCAAAGAUUCAAGAUGACAGUCUGUUACACGUUACACGCGGACAAGAUCUCUAUGUGAAUUGUACUGUCAAUGUAGAUGUAUCCACGAAAUAUGUAUUUGAUUGGAACACGCCGAAGAAGAAUAGCAAUAGAAUAAGCACUGAGCAAUUCAGAAAACAAUUCGAUGGGAAUUCUGUCUUAGUUACAUGUCAGUUAAUAAUAUUAAAUGUUACGGACGAAGAUGCAGGUGAAUAUGAGUGCUUCAUUAGAUCGAUUGACGACAUAAAGAAGAUCACAACAAAUAUUACAAUACAUGAAAGUGGUAGUUAUAUUCAAUGGGUUGUUUAUGUUGAUGGAUAUCCGAAACCUCAUUUGCAAUGGUACAAUCCAAAUGGCGUUGAAAUUACAGGAAAUCAAAAAUAUUUUGUAAAUACAAGCGCAACAGCUACCAUUUUAAAAAUAAUCUCAUUGAACGUAAGAGACACAGGAAAUUAUACGAUUGAAGCCAAAAAUGAUCAAAUAAUCGAGAAAUUAAACUUUACAUUGGAUGUCAUAGCUAAACCAUAUUCUAUAUUGAGACAUAUUGAACCUUAUUAUCCACUAAACGAAACUACAGAAUUUCAUUGUGAAGUGAUAUCUAACCCUUCACCAAACAUAACAUGGAGUUUUCAGAAAUGUCCUAAUUAUCCGUCACUUGAAAAUUCAACUAUUAUACAUCUAAUGAACAUAAUGCAAAGUGCUGCUUACAGUUCUAAUGGAUUCGAAUCAACGGUGAAGAUGCCUAUCGAGAUGUCUGGGAAAAUAACAUGUAGGGCCUGUAAUGUUCUUGGUUGUGAUUCUACGACUGACAGCAUUCUUGUUUCUGAUGGAUUAGGUGCUUUUGGCAUUAUUGGACCAAAAGAGGCUGUAACGAAAGGUGAUAAUAUCGAAUUA